AAAGUACCCACCACCACACACCACCACCUUCAUUUUCUUUUCUUUUUCUCUCUGCAUGAUGUCCCACUCCUACCAGCACUCACAACCACAACAGAGACGGUUAUUAUCAAUAUCAUCCCAGUGCCUGAACCAACUUCAUGAAAAACCUGAAAGUGAAAGCUCCUUCUCAUCCUCAACACUUCUCCACAAAGCCCCUUCUUCUUCCUCCUCUUCCUGUCUCAUUCACUCUCAAACGUCAACGCCAACAACAUCAACAACACGACGUCGCAGCAGCCUCUGUUUCUUUGGCCCCAAGCUUGUCUCAUCAUCACCCUUCCAUGAUGAAAAACCUUACAACCCCCCAACUCCGUGUUGUUUUAAUGUCUCUUCCAGGCGUUGGGGUACCUUCAAGCUUGGGUGCAGUGAAGUUUCUUCCAUGGACAGCCAUGUAGAUCAAUCCUCUUCACUUAAUUCUAACUCUGUAGAUCUUCUUAGAAAAAAGAAAAUUACUGGGAGACAAAAGAAAGAGGAUCUUGAAAGAGAGGUCUCUAUGCUUCAAAGGUUGUUGGAGCAAGAAGAAAAGGUCCAUGGGGUUCUGGAAAUGGUGCAUAAUAGAUCAAAUGGUUCAGUGAUAUCAAUUCCUAAUUUUCUUCCUCCCAAGAUGAGAGAACUCUUAGCCGAGCUAGUCAUGGUUGAGGGUGAGAUUGCGCGACUUGAGGGCCAAAUAAGCCAACUUCAAGCUGGUUUGAAACAUGAACAAGAAGUCACCAAGGAAUCAAAGUCAAAAACAUGGAAUUCUGUGAAUUUGAGCAAUGCUAGCAAUCACUUAUCAACUGCAACAAUGUCAAUCACAAAUCCUGGUCCUAUUCACAGAGGUGUUCAUGAAAGGAUGGCAUUUGAAACCAAGGCACUGCAUUUCAUAAGCAAGGCUAUAAAAGGAGAUUAUAAUCUCAAUGACUUCAGUCUUAAUGAGAAAACAGGACUUUUCAAGAAUUCUGUAGAACAUAAAGAAAAAAAUUUCCAAGAAGAUGUGAAAUUGCAUGAAAGAGUUCCAAGAAAAAAUGGGAUAGUAAAGCCUCCCUCACCUAUGCGAGACCCCCGCCAUCCAUCCCCUAAGGUGAGGGAACGUAAUCCAGAGAUGUACUUAGAUCUUCCCACUAGGUCACUACUUGAUCCACUUCUGUCAGAAGAAACUGACCUAAAGUGGCAACCCAACAAACUAUCUGAGAGUAUCAUGAAGUGUUUGAAUUUCAUAUAUGUGAGGCUAUUGAGAACAUCAAGAGCAAUGGAAUUGGAAAAAUCAGGGCCAGUUUCCAGGUCUGUGCAUUCUUCUUUAAGCUCAAGAAGCUUCAGGGUGGAUACUGGAUCGACCCCAAAGUCAAGCCUCAUGUUGCAGAGGGAAUCAUCAAGGCAGCAAGAUCCAUAUGGUAUCUUCGAUACAGAAGAGUCCAUUCCAAGAGACAUUGGUCCUUACAAGAACUUGGUUAUAUUCACUUCCAGCUCUAUGGAUCCAAAGUUCAUCUCAAGUCCUUCUUCUAUUCCAUUACUAAGAAAAUUAAGGAUCUUGAUGAGCAAUCUUCAGACAGUUGAUUUGAAAGGCCUUACAAACCAACAAAAAUUAGCGUUCUGGAUCAACGUGUACAAUGCUUGUCUCAUGCAUGGAUUCAUCCAAUUUGGAGUGCCAUCUACCCCAGAAAAGCAACUUGAAUUGAUGAACAAGGCAACCCUCAAUGUGGGAGGCAACAUAAUAAAUGCUCAAGCAAUAGAGCAUUUCAUUUUAAGGAAAAGAGAUACUUCUAUUAUGAAAGAGGUACAGAGGAAGAGUCAGUGGGAGGAGAAAGAAUCAGUCGUUCGUGAACUUUAUGGACUUGAAUUUAUUGAUUCUAAUGUCACAUUUGCUCUAUGUAGUGGAACUCGUUCUUCUCCAACUGUGAGGAUAUACACAGGAGAUGGUGUUACUGCUGAAUUGGAGAAAUCAAAGCUAGACUAUCUUCAGGCUUCAAUUCUGGCCACUAGCACAAAAAGGAUAGCAUUUCCAGAGCUACUCCUGAGAAACAUGCUUGAUUUUGCAAAGGACACUGACUCACUGGUGGAGUGGGUGUGCAACCAGUUACCUACAUCAUGGACUCUAAGGAAAUCAAUGGUGGAUUGCUUUAGAAGCCAUAGUAAUGUCAAGGCUUCUACCAUUGUAGAAAAGAUACCCUAUGACUAUGAAUUCCAGUAUUUGUUGACAAUAUAAUAAAGAUACAUCUCCAUGUAUUUAAUCCCCUAUAAAACUCCGAGUAUACAAAAUAUUCAAGGAAUUUAGUUUUGGACCA